CAUAGAUUACAUGCAUCUGCCUCCAUUCUGGUUCUCUUUGUUCUCUGGGUUUUGGUCCUUUUUCUUUUUAGAAUUUUCAUAAUUACUAAACUCUUUCAUUCCCUGUAAAUCCCAAUGUGUGUGUGUGUGUGUGUGUGUACAUAUGACGAACUGGCUAGUCUUCAAUAACUUAAUCAUAACCUACUUAUAAAUCUCAUACUGUCUUACAUAUCAUCUUGUACCUUAUAUAUAUUGAACAUAAAUUAUCUAACGUUUAGGUCUUCGUGUUGAAACCAAGCGAAAAUAGCUGAUGGGUAGUGUGGAGGUGGAGGCGGAGGUGGGCGGAGGCGGCAGCUGUCGUGACGGUGGCAAUGCCGGCGGGGGAGGAGGAGGGAUGUACUUAGUGUGGGAGGAUUUGAGGGUGGUGGUGCCAAAUUUUGGGAACGGUCCAACAAGAAGAAUCCUAAAUGGUCUAACAGGGUUUGCAGAACCAGGAAUCAUGGCCAUUAUGGGGCCUUCUGGCUCUGGCAAAUCCACCCUUCUUGAUGCUUUAGCAUGUAGAUUAUCAGGAAAUGUUGUCAUGAGUGGAAAUGUUCUUGUUAAUGGGAAGAAGAGGAGGUUGGAGUAUGGCGGUGCUGCUUAUGUGACUCAAGAAGACAUAUUUUUGGGAACCUUGACAGUGAAGGAAACCAUAAGAUACUCUGCCCAACUGAGGCUCCCAACUACACUAACAAAAGAUGAGAUAAUCGGGAUUGUCGAAGGGACAAUCACCGAAAUGGGUCUUCAAGAUUGUGCUGAUCAGCUGAUUGGUAACUGGCACUUGAGAGGGAUCAGUGGUGGCGAGAAGAAAAGACUCAGCAUUGCACUCGAAAUCCUUACCAGGCCCCGUCUUUUAUUUCUUGAUGAACCAACUAGUGGUCUGGAUAGUGCCUCUGCUUUCUUUGUUGUUCAGACUUUGAGGAACAUUGCUCAUGAUGGCAGAACUGUUAUCUCUUCAAUUCAUCAGCCCAGUGGUGAAGUCUUUGCGCUCUUCGAAGAUCUAUUUCUCCUUUCUGGCGGUGAGACUGUUUACUUUGGAGCAGCAGCCAUGGCUGCAAAGUUCUUUGCUGAAGCAGGAUUUCCUUGUCCAAGUCGGAGGAAUCCUUCAGAUCACUUCCUCCGUUGUAUCAAUUCAGACUUUGAUGAAAUAACAGCAACUCUACUGGAAUCUAGGAGAAUAUAUGCGGAAGAUCAGAACCCAUUAGAUCCUCUGGAGAAUUUACCAACAGGAGAGAUCAAAGCUGCACUGAUUAAAAAAUACAGGUAUUCGGAAUAUGCAGCAGCUGCUAGAGCAAGGAUUCAAGACAUAUCAACAACUGAAGUACUUCUUAUUGAAAAGAAAAGUGGGAGCCAAGCAAAAUGGUGGAAGCAGCUAUGGAUAUUGACCCGGAGAUCUUUUGUGAAUAUGUCCAGAGACUUGGGUUAUUACUGGUUAAGAAUAGCAAUCUAUGUACUGUUAUCUAUAUGUGUGGGAACAAUAUUUUUUGAUGUCGGAACAGACUACACCGCAAUCAUGGCUCGCGGAGCUUGUGGUGGAUUUGUAUCAGGCUUUAUGACAUUCAUGUCUAUUGGAGGCUUCCCAUCUUUCAUAGAAGAAAUGAAGGUUUUUGUUCGAGAAAGGCUCAACGGCCAUUAUGGGGUUACGACAUAUGUUCUCUCCAAUUUCCUGUCUUCAUUUCCAUUCUUGACUGUGAUGUCCCUUUCGACAGCAUCCAUCACGUAUUACAUGGUCAAAUUUCAACCAGGAAUUUCACAUUUUACAUAUAUCUGCCUCGAUCUUGUUAGUUCCAUCGCAGUUGUAGAGAGCUGUAUGAUGAUGAUAGCCUCACUAGUUCCCAACUUCUUGAUGGGAGUCAUAAUAGGAGCUGGAUAUAUAGGCAUUAUGAUGAUGACAUCUGGCUACUUCCGGCUCCUCCCAGACCUUCCCAAGAUAUUCUGGCGCUAUCCUAUCUCGUAUAUCAACUAUGGCGCAUGGGCAUUACAGGGCGCCUAUAAGAACGACAUGAUUGGGCUUGAGUUUGAUUCUCUAGUACCUGGGGGGCCAAAAUUGAAGGGGGAGGUGAUUCUUACGAGCAUGCUUGGCAUUAAGCUGAACCAUUCAAAAUGGUGGGACUUAGCAGUUAUUGUAAUCAUGCUUAUAGCUUAUAGACUGCUUUUCUUUUUCAUUCUCAAAUUCAAGGAGAGAGCUUUGCCUUUGUUCUAUACUUUUUAUGCCAAGAGGACUCUGCAGCAUCUCAAAAAGCGGCCAUCUUUUAGGAAAAUGUCACCUUUUCCUUCCAAGAGACACCAAGUUCUCCAUCCUCUCUCCUGUCAAGAAGGUCUUAACUCUCCAAUCCACUAGAUGAACAACAAGCAGUGCAUGGAUACUUGCAUAUCAGGAGCAAUGAGGGAAAGAAACAAGAGCCAUUAGAUUAAGCUCAUUCGUAAGGACAUUAUUGGUUCUCUUUCCUUCCUGCUUUCCUUUACAGGAUCCAAAGGAAAGGCUAACAGUGAUAUAAAUGAUCAAUCACUGAUUAAUCAUGUCUUUGUAGUAAUCUGUCCGAUUAUUGCUACGUGUACAUAGGUGCAGAACUAUAUAUCUUAUGGUAAAUGAAAAUGCGCGGAUGAAUAAAGACUUCACAGUUACACAGAAAA